AUGCAGGAGGCGUUCUUAAGUGUCGCAGAACAACACCAAAUGUUAGCAUCUCUUGUAUUUUAUGCAUCAACCAAUCAACACGAGAAACAGUUUGUCAACGACACCAUACAAGGCCCUCCCCGUCUUGCCUUCUGUUGCAGUGCUGAUCUCGAUGUAUCCGUAUCGGCUAUUGAACUCAUGCAACGAAUUGAAAAAGCCAUUAAAGAAGAAGAAGAUCAAGAUGAUGACGUCAUCAGGACGACGACGACGAAACGAGACAUGAAAGAUGAUUCCGUAAUCCAACGUCAUCAUGAACAGAUUGAUUCGUUUCAAGCAUUACAAGAGAGUUUUGUGUAUUAUUUCUCCUCUGGAGCUGCUGCUGAACAAAGUAUGGUCUCGUCAAUGAAAUUCCAAGAACUUGUCCAAUUGGCUACGGAAUUAUCCAUUGUCGAGAAGAAACUAGGUGGAAAUGCAGCAAUUAUGGCCAAAAGAGCAUCAGCGGAAGGAUGUCGUGUGCUCUUAGGAGCAGCCAUUGGAAAAGGAAUGCAAGUGUAUUUACAAGAGACACAACGAAUUCAAGUUGUCGGGACAUUGGAUGCAACACAAGAGGAAGAUGUACAUCUUGUGUUGGAAUAUGCACGUGGAGAGGAAUUUCAAGGAUACGUGGCACCACGUGCUAAUCGAUAUUACUUGAAUCAUGAUGUACAUAAUGCACGUUUGUCGGUGCUUGAAGAAUUUGCACAUGCAUUGGAUGCGUUUAAGCCGGAUUUAGUCAUUUUUGGUGGACUACAAUUGAUGGAAGUGGAGGUGAAUACACAAGCACGGUUAGUGCGUUUAAAGGCUUUGUCCGAGGUACUUCAGAAUCUCUUUAGAGCACAGACACCGACACACUAUGAGUUUGCAGCUGUAUCGGACUUUAGUCUCUUCGAUGACACGGUUCGACUUGUGCUGCCAUGGGUAGAGUCGAUUGGGUUAAAUGAACAGGAGCUAUUUAUCUUGCAUCAUUACCUAUUAACUGGUGAAGAAGGGACGGCGACGACGUCGCGCCCGAGUGUUGCCGAUAUCAGUGCUCAGCUUCACGAUAUCAUUCAGUUUGCUUCGAAGGCCAAGCACGACUUUCAGUCAGGCAGCCAAGACAAGAACAAGAAUGGUGACAAGACGCUGGCGUUGGCGCAGCUGUCGCGUAUUCAUUUUCACACAUUGCAGUUCCACAUUGUGUGCCAAAAGGACGGAAGUAUAUGGGAAGACCCGACGACGGCGCUGGUGCAAAGUGCGCUUAUGAGUUCUAAGGUGGCGUGUGGCAAGCCAGCUCCAGCAAGUGCGACUAGUGACGACGACAAGCCUCAACCUAUGCGUACAAGUGCUGAAAUGGAAGUAGACCCGGAACGCAUUGAGAUCCUGCUCGCUCGGCAGCAGCUCCUGAGUAAACGCCAGGGUCUGACGGUGGAUUUGGAUCCAUUCUCGCCAGUGGUUACGUGGCAAGAGGCCGACUUUCAAUGUCACCUUGUGCCAAUGCUGGCCUGCAAAAAACCCGACCACACUGCUGGACUGGGAGACAACAUAUCUGGUACGGGCGUAUCGUACCACCGUCUUCAGAAGAAAAGCAAAACUGCCAACAAAGCUUAA